AACCCUUACUUUUAACAAAAUUACAAAAUCAUCAUGCCCCAAAUUAGAAAACCCUCGAGCUGGACGACUCCUCCGGUCCUCCCAAGUCCCAACCGAAGUUCUCUGCCUCUCUGGUCUCUACCCUCACCUACACCGCCGGCGCUCCCCUCCCUCUCUGCUGUGUACGAUCGCCGACGUUGCUCUGUUGCUCUCUGCUUUCUGCAGCUGUUGAUCUGCAGCCCUCACCGAACCUGCUCUCUGCCUUCUGCUAAUGCACUCUCGCCGGAGCUGCUCUCUGCUCUCACCGAAUCGAAGCUGCUAUCUGCCUUCUGCUGAUCUGCUUUCUGCUCUCUGCCUUCUGGUGAUUUUCUCUCACCGGAGCUGCUCUGCUUUAUGCUGAUCUACUCUCACAGGAGUUGCUCUCUGCGUCUGCUGUGCUGUCUGCGGAUCUGCUCUCAUCGGAAGUUCGGAACUGCUUUCUGCUGAUACUUUCUUUCACUUCAGUUCAUCGACCCUGCUUUCUGCUGUUCUGCUCCACCGGCGCUUGUCUCUGCUCUCACCGACGCCGGUCACCUUCCGUCUGUAUUAUUUGCUUGCUUACUAAUUAAAUUUUUAUCCAUAA